AUGAAGUCAACUUGCGACGCACCCGCGUUGUCUUUGACCCUAUGGCCUCCAUUGCCCCAGUUCUUGCGCAUGCGAACACCUCUUCCCCGAAGCUUGCGUUGGGCCUCUCCCUUCCGCCCAUCAUGGAAUCGACCAUGGACCGCAAGCCAACAUGACUUUUGUCUACGACCUUAUGCCGCAAUCUCCGAAGCACCAGUCCGGCAGGUCAUUGGGAAAUACCGCAGUUUCUCUUCGGCCGUCCCUGCUAGAUUCAUGCUAGAUGCUGACUCGACUAUUUACGCUUUGUCAACUGCACCGGGAAGAGCAGCCAUUGCAGUCGUGCGAGUCUCCGGUCCGGCGUGCGUCUCGAUAUACAAUGGACUCUGUCCACAUUCUCCACUUCCGAAACCACGCCUUGCAGCGCUCCGCACUCUCUACGACCCAUCCCAAAACCCCUCCGCCAACAGCGUACUCGAUGCCGGCGCCCUGGUCCUCUACUUCCCCGCCCCAAAGACCGUCACUGGGGAAGAUGUGCUGGAGCUCCAUAUCCACGGCGGCCCGGCUAUUGUCAAAGCCGUGCUGGCGGCCAUCGCACGCACCACCCAGUCCGACGCGGUGGUGCGCUACGCGGAACCGGGCGAAUUUACGCGCCGCGCCUUCAUGAACGACCGGCUCGGUCUGCCACAGAUUGAGGCGCUCGGCGAUACUCUGUCCGCAGACACGGAGCAGCAGCGACGGUUGGCAGUGCGCGGUGCCAGCGAUGCGCUGCUGACGCGCUACGAGCGAUGGCGCCAGCUGUUGCUGCAUGCGCGCGGCGAGCUGGAAGCCCUGAUCGAUUUCUCUGAGGACCAGCAUUUUGACGAGUCGACCGAGGAGCUGGUUUCGUCGGUUGCGUCGCAGGUUCGCGCGCUGCACGCCCAGAUUGGUUUUCAUAUCCAGAAUGCGUCCAAGGGUGAGUUCCUCCGGAAUGGUAUCAAGGUCGCACUCCUGGGUGCCCCGAAUGCCGGCAAGAGCUCGCUUCUUAACCGUGUUGUCGGGAAGGAGGCUGCUAUUGUCAGCACCGAAGAGGGUACCACUCGUGACAUCGUUGAUGUCGGUGUGGACCUGGGCGGGUGGUACUGCAAGCUCGGCGACAUGGCCGGCAUUCGCGCUGACCUCGGGGGCUCUGUUGUCAUUGGCGCAAUUGAACAAGAAGGUAUCCGGCGAGCGAGGGCGCGCGCCCUGGAGUCGGACGUAGUGGUUGUGGUUGUCUCGCUGGAAGAGGCCGUCGAUGGUGUUCGUCUGUUCGUGGAGCCCGAGGUUCUGGAUGCAGUGAAUGACUGCGUGGACGCAGGGAAAUGCCUGGUCAUGGCCAUUAAUAAGUGCGACAAACUACCAAUAGCUGAUCGGAGCAGCCGCCUGCCACAGUCUCUAAACGGGACUAUCCACGACAUCUUUCCGUCCGUGCCAGAGGAUCGCAUAUUCGCCAUUUCCUGUGAAGAGGCACAACAAGACUCGCUAUCUCUAACCCAGACCGACCCGGGUAAUCUCCAGGGCUUCCUGCGCGGGUUGAUCUCCACCUUUGAGCAAAUCGCGUCGCCUGAGGGCGUGGACGGGGAUGAAAGUGGCCAAUAUGAUAUUUCGUACUGGGAGGACUCCCUGGGAGUCACCCAUCGCCAAAGCUCUAAUUUACAACGAUGCCUCGACCACCUGGAUGAUUUCCUGUCUCAGACCUCCCCCAGUCACCCUGAUCCAUCCAGCCAGAAUGGCCUCGCCCCUCUUGAAUCCGAAGUCGAUAUCGUCACCGCUGCAGAACAUUUGCGCUUCGCUGCCGACACGCUGGCCAAAAUCACAGGCAAGGGCGAGAGCGGAGAUGUCGAGGAUGUGCUGGGAGUGGUCUUCGAGAAGUAG